AGGUAAGAACAAACAAAACACUAACGGAAGCAUUACGACGAAGGUAUAAAGGCACACAGCAGCUCGACCUGACUCACAGCGGAAGAAGUUGGGACUGACAGCCACGCACGCGCACCAUGAAGCUCUUUGUAUGCACCAUUCUUCUGGCGUCGUCAAUUGCACUUGCAGAAGAGGAGGACAGCAAGACAUUAAAACGUGGACUGCAUGGUUUAGGAGAUGGAGGACAUUCUUUCGGGUCUGAUGGUCAUCUCAGUCUCGGAGAGUUCGGGGAAGGACACUCCCUCAAAGGCAACGAGGAUCGCCACAAAGAAGAGAAUAUCAAGUCCAUCACUAUAACAAAAGAAGUAAAAAUCCCUGUUCCACAACCAGUCCCUUACACUGUGGUGAAGAAAGUCCCUGUUCCUGUCAAAGUCCACGUCCCUGUCCACGUCGAAAGGAAAGUACCUGUUCCUGUGCACAUCCCCAAACCAUAUCCAGUUGUGAUUGAAAAGAAAGUUCCUAUCACAAUUGAAAAGAAAGUUCCAUACUUUGUUAAGGUUCCAGUGAAGGUACCGUACCUGAUCCCUCAUCACAUACACGUCCCUAAGCCCUAUCCCGUUCACAUCCCUGUACCCAAGCCCGUUCAUGUCCCUGUGUUCAUCGAGAAGAAAAUCCCAGUGUUCAUUAAGCAUCAUCACCACUCACAACCAUCUCACUUGCUGCAUUCACAUUUCGCACAAAACAACAUGAAGUUUCUUGUGUGUUGCGUUCUGCUCCUUUCUGCUGUGGCUUCAGCCGACGAAGAAGGAAAGAAGAAAGAUGGAAAGACGGAGAAACGAGGAGUGUUCGACUUCGGGUAUGGGUCCGCUGGUUUUGACAUAGGGGACCACGGAAGUUUCGAUUUUCCUAGCCACGGGUUCGGAGCGACCUCUGGGCACCAUGGCGAAGUUAAGGCCAUCACGAUAACGAAGGAAGUAAAGGUCCCAGUUCCACAACCGUACCCAGUUACUGUCGAGAGAAAAAUACCUGUCCCCUUCAAGGUACCAGUGCCUGUGCCCAUAGACAGACCGUACCCCGUCCACGUUCCUCAACCGUACCCUGUCCCAGUGGAGAAGCCCGUGCCUUACCCCGUCGAGAAACCCGUGCCUUAUCCAGUCAGUGUCCCUAUCAAGGUCCCUGUUCCUCAUCCCCCAUACCCUGUCACCAUCGAAAAACACGUCCCUGUCCCUGUGAAAGUGCCAUUCGCAGUUCCUGUAGACAGACCUUACCCUGUCCACGUCCCUAAGCCUUAUCCCGUUCCUGUAGAAAAACCAGUGCCUUACACUGUGGAGAGGCCCGUCCCGUAUCCCGUCAAAGUUCCUAUCAAGGUCCCCUACCCAGUUUCUGUUCCUGUGCACUUCCCUAAGCCCGUGGCUGUUCCUGUGCCACAACCCGUCCUGGUUAAGGGACAUGAUUUCCUUGGCGGUUAUGGUUUUGAUGGAGGAUACGCGUUUGGAGGAUAUGGCGAGGAAAUCGGCUACCACCACGGCACUAUCAUCUUCACCGCUGGCCUCUUUGCCCUCGCAUCAUGCGAGGAGACGUCAAAGAAGGUCGAAACGUCGGAGAAGAAGCAGGGUAAGCGAGGGCUCUUUGAUCUUGGGGGCGGCCACGGAAUCGAAUUUGCGGGUGGCCACGGCGGAAGCUUUGGUCUGGGCAGUGGCCUUGAAUUUGGUCAUCAAGUUGACCACGUGAAGGCCAUCACAGUGACGAAACAAGUUCCGGUUCCGGUCCCCCAUCCCUACCCAGUUCAUAUCGAGAGAAAAGUCCCCUUCCCCGUGAAGGUCCCUGUAGCCGUCCAUGUUGACAAACCCUACCCAGUUCACGUCCCCAAACCAUACCCUGUCUACGUCGAGAAGAAGGUCCCUUACCCUGUCGACAAACCCGUUCCUUAUCCCGUCAAAGUACCAGUCAAAGUUCCAGUAGUUGUCCCCGUCCCUGUUCACGUUCCUAAGCCAGUCGCCGUCCCUGUACCAAAACCUGUAGCAGUCCCCGUGCCCCAUCCCGUGCUGGUCCAGAAGCCAGUCCCUGUGCUGAUCAACCAAAACUCUGGCUAUGGGGGAGGGGAGUUCGGAGGACAUGGCGGACUGUACGGUGGAUCAAUCGGUUUUGGACACGGUGAAUUUGGAGGAGCAGCCUUAAGUAACGGAAACCAUGGCUUCGAAGGGACGUCCAUCAGUCUAGGAGGUCAUGGAGGGCUGGGAGGAUUCUCCGGGGGUGCCUAUGGCGGUAACAUCGGAGGGUAUCAUCAUGGCUGAGAAGUGUUCCAAUUCUGCUUCUUGGAAGGGAAGAAGGAACAAGAAAUGAUUAUUGCCGAAUUUCUAAGUGCGUUUUACAAGUUACGUUUCUGACACAAGUAAUUGUAAUACAGAAUCUGUAAAUAAACACCAAAGAUUAUUUUUGUAAAA